GAGAGGAGAGCAGAGCUAUACCCCUCUGACUCUGAUAGCCCUUUCAUCUUAUUGCCUCCACUGCACCUUGUUACAGAUUGACACUGUUAGCCUUAGCCUUGGGACAGUUGUGUCCUAGGAUAGGUUCUGCAACACCGGCCAUCUAGUAAUAGGGAGGAUAGAAGCUCUGUGUUAUCAGGUUCAAGGAAAGAUUUAAGGUUAGGCACAGUAAGAAAUGAGACAGAGAUGCCCUCUAACUGAAAAGUAAUGAGGAACUGGAUUUUAAAUGGACUCAGAGUUACAAAUCUAGAAGAUUUUAUGGGAGAGAAUAAUAGGGCCACUGAUAUCCACAGGUUAAAAAUAUAUAUAUUGUUCCAGGACAAACUGAAGGGAGAGAAAGUGGUGUCCCUGUGCUGCAGGGGAGAAUAUAACAAAACAGCUGGGAGGUGAUGAGUUCUAUUAGUUGAAAGGAAGCAGGAGGACCAUGGCUACUGGAUACAGGGAGUGAAGUAGAAAACGAGGCAUAGUCUCCAUGCAAGAGCAUGUUGAAGUAAAACCUAGUGUUGGGGUCCCAGGAACUUGUGUCGGAACAUUGGAUUCUCAGGAGCUUGCCUGAGUUUUCCUUUGUGUAACUACUAGAGGUAUAACAAAGUCAAUUUUGUGUACAAUUGAAAUAAAUUUAUUGGGGAUCUUUGUUUCUUAUGUGGUAGCCUAAACUAAACCUUUACUCCCUCAACUUAGUACCAUCCUCUUUUCUUCUUUUACAGAUUAAAUUGGUUUUUUUUUCCAUUUUUUUCCAAAUCAUAUCUUGGGUCCAUCUGUCACAGCUGGGAUGUUUCUAGUCUAACUUUUUCAGUUAAAAUCCUUUCUUUCCUAAAAUAAUCUGUAAUUAUUUUCUCUAACCACAGGAUGAACUGAUUUAGGGGCUGGUUUUCCGUUCUAUAGGACUUGUCCAAGAAACUAUUUGUAUUCAUCUAUUGCAAAAGAUCAAAUUACAUGCUAAUGUUCUGAAAGUAAAAGCCUAUCAGCAACCCUCAGCAGCAGUGAAGUCUGUAUAAAACCAAGCCCUGGCAGCCUGUACACAUAUCACUAGUUCAGAGUGUGGCAUUAAGAAUAUUUAAAAGGUCAUUUGUGAACUGAAGAAGAGACCCUGACUUAACUUAUAUGGCCUUUUGGCUCUAGUUGAACCUUUUCUUUGCAGCUAUUACUGACAACCCCCAUCUCUUUUCACCCUUUCCAAAGUCCCAGGAAGUUUGUAGCAAGCCACCCUUCCGAUAGGUCUAUCUCUUCAGCUUGGAAGAGAGAAAUGUUCUCACAGUAUCUAAUCAGUUCUAAUGGCUGUUUUUUGUCCUACAGGGAGGUGGUUGUUUUGUACGAUGAUAGAUGGAGUGAUGAUUCUUCCUGUGCUAAUGAUGAUUGCUUUUCCUUCCCCGAGUGUGGAAGAUGAGAAGCCCAAGGUCAACCCCAAACUUUACAUGUGUGUGUGUGAAGGCCUUUCCUGUGGGAAUGAGGACCACUGUGAAGGCCAGCAGUGCUUUUCAUCACUGAGCAUCAACGAUGGCUUCCACGUCUACCAGAAAGGCUGCUUCCAGGUUUAUGAGCAAGGAAAGAUGACCUGUAAGACCCCGCCAUCACCUGGCCAAGCCGUGGAGUGCUGCCAAGGGGACUGGUGUAACAGGAACAUCACGGCCCAGCUGCCCACUAAAGGAAAGUCCUUCCCUGGAACACAGCAUUUCCACUUGGAGGUUGGCCUCAUUAUUCUCUCUGUAGUGUUUGCAGUAUGCCUUCUAGCAUGCCUGCUAGGAGUGGCUCUCCGAAAAUUUAAAAGGCGCAACCAAGAACGCCUCAAUCCCAGAGAUGUGGAGUACGGCACCAUUGAAGGGCUCAUCACCACCAAUGUUGGAGACAGCACUUUAGCAGAUUUAUUGGAUCAUUCGUGUACAUCAGGAAGUGGCUCUGGUCUUCCUUUUCUGGUACAAAGAACAGUGGCUCGCCAGAUAACACUGUUGGAGUGUGUCGGGAAAGGCAGGUAUGGUGAGGUGUGGAGGGGCAGUUGGCAAGGGGAAAAUGUUGCCGUGAAGAUCUUUUCCUCCCGUGAUGAGAAGUCGUGGUUCAGGGAAACAGAAUUGUACAACACUGUGAUGCUGAGGCAUGAAAAUAUUUUAGGUUUUAUUGCUUCAGACAUGACAUCAAGACACUCCAGUACCCAGUUGUGGUUGAUCACGCACUACCAUGAAAUGGGGUCAUUGUAUGACUAUCUUCAGCUCACUACUCUGGAUACAGUUAGCUGCCUUCGAAUAGUGCUGUCCAUAGCUAGUGGUCUUGCACAUUUGCACAUAGAGAUAUUUGGGACCCAAGGGAAGCCAGCCAUUGCCCAUCGAGAUUUAAAGAGUAAAAACAUCCUGGUGAAGAAGAAUGGACAGUGUUGCAUAGCAGAUUUGGGCCUGGCAGUCAUGCAUUCCCAGAGCACCAAUCAGCUUGAUGUGGGGAACAACCCUCGUGUAGGCACCAAGCGCUACAUGGCCCCUGAAGUUCUAGAUGAAACCAUCCAGGUGGAUUGCUUUGAUUCUUACAAGAGGGUCGAUAUUUGGGCCUUUGGACUUGUUUUGUGGGAAGUGGCCAGGCGGAUGGUGAGCAAUGGUAUAGUGGAAGACUACAAGCCACCAUUCUACGAUGUAGUUCCCAAUGACCCAAGUUUUGAAGAUAUGAGGAAAGUAGUGUGUGUGGAUCAACAGAGGCCAAACAUACCCAACAGAUGGUUCUCAGACCCGACAUUAACCUCUCUGGCCAAGCUGAUGAAAGAAUGCUGGUAUCAAAACCCAUCUGCAAGACUCACAGCUCUGCGUAUCAAAAAGACUUUGACCAAAAUUGAUAAUUCCCUAGACAAAUUGAAAACUGACUGUUGACAUUUUCAUGGUGUCAAGAAGGAAGAUUUGAUGUUGUCGUUGUCCAGCUGGGACCUAAUGCUGGCCUGCCUGGUUGUCAGAACAGAACUCAUCUGUCUCCCUCCCUCAAUGGCCACUUUGACGAGGCAGACAUCUCACCUAGCCAUGUGCUGGGGAGACACCAAAACCACCCCAACCUCGCUCAAUGACUGUGAACUGGGCAUUUCAUGAACUGUUCACACUUCAAAGACUAAUGGUGGACAGAUACUGUUGCAAAGGUAGGGAACUGGAGGAACACAGAGAAAUCCUAAAAGAGAUCUGGGCAUUAAGACAAUGGCUUUGCAUAUCUUUCACAGGUCUCCUAGACACUCCCCACGGGAAACUCAAGGAGGUGGUGAAUUUUUAAUCAGCAAUAUUGCCUGUGCUUCUCUUCUUUAUUGCACUAGGAAUUCUUUGCAUUCCUUACUUGCACUGUUACUCUUAAUUUUAAAGACCCGACUUGCCAAAACUUUGGCUGCGUACUCCACUGGUCUGUCUUUGGAUAAUAGGAAUUCAAUUUGGCAAAAACAAAAUGUAAUGUCAGACUUUGCUGCAUUUUACACAUGUGCUGAUGUUUACAACGAUGCCGAACAUUAGGAAUUGUUUAUACACAACUUUGCAAAUUAUUUAUUACUUGUGCACUUAGCAGUUUUUACAAAACUGCUUUGUGUGUAUGUUAAAGCUUAUUUUUAUGUGGUCUUAUGAUUUUAUUACUGAAAUGUUUUUAACACUAUACUCUGAAAUGGACAUUUUCUUUUAUUAUCAGUUAAAUUCACAUUUAAAUGCUUCACAUUUGUAUGUGUGUAGACUGUAACUUUUUUUUCAGUUCUUAUGCAGAACGUAUUUAGUCAUUACCCAUGUGACACCACCGAAUAUAUUACUGAUUUAGAAACAAAGAUUUCAGUAGAAUUUUAGUCCUGAACGCUGUGGGGGAAAAUGCAUUUUCUUCGGAAUUAUCCAUUAUGUGCAUUUAAACUCUGCCAGAAAAAAAUAACUAUUUUGUUUUAAUCUACUUUUUGUAUUUAGUAGUUAUUUGUAUAAAUUAAAUAAACUGUUUUCAAGUCAA